AUGUCUUCUGACUGCCAGUUGGUGUGCAUGGAUGCCUUCUGCCUGUCUUCUGCCUGCUUGUCCUACAACGUGAAGGAGCUGGUGCUGGACAACUGCCGCUCGGACGAUGGCAAGAUAAGCGGGCUCUCCCCGGACUUCGAAAACCUGGAAUUCCUCAGCAUGAUCAAUAUCAACCUUCUCUCCAUCUCUAACCUUCCCAAGCUUAACAAACUCCGGAAGCUGGAGCUGAGCGACAAUCGUAUUUCGGGCGGGCUGGAAGUCCUAGCGGAAAAAACACCAAAUUUGACGCAGUUGAACCUCAGCGGGAAUAAAAUCAAAGAGAUCAACACGCUGGAACCUCUGAAAAAGCUGCCCCACCUUCGGAACCUCGACCUCUUCAAUUGCGAGGUGACGACGCUGAUGAACUACCGGGAGAGCAUCUUCACCCUCCUGCCUCAGCUGAUCUAUCUCGAUGGGUUUGACGCCAGCGAAAAAGAAGCCCCUGAUUCGGACCCGGAAGCCGAUGGGCUGGACGAUGAGUACGACGAGAACGGAGACGAAGAUGAGGAGGAAGAGGAGGAGGAGGAAGACGAAGAAUUAGAUGACGAAGAUGACCUGGACGGCGAGGAAGAGGAGAAUGGGGGCGACGAUGAAGAUGAUGAUGACGAGGAUGACGGCGACGAGGAUGAGGAUGAGGAUGAAGAAGCUGAGGUCCAGCAGGGCGAGAAGCGGAAACGAGAUCCCGAGGAGGAUCCCUACGAAGACGAGGAUGAAGACAAUGACGAUUGAGUCCGUCCGUCCUCCUCUUCGGCUCCUUUUGCAAGCCAAUCCGUGUUUUUGGCGGACUGUUGUGACUUUCCCGGCCUUAACCGCCCCCUCCCCUUUGUGAGACUGUGACGAAUCCCCUUCCCCUCUUCUGCCGCCGGCUCUCCGCUCUUUUGUACGGCCGUGACACCCCCACAGUAUA